GGGAGGGGCCUGCGGCUUGCGGCCCCGCCCCCUUCUCUGGCUCGCGGGCGGGCGAAUCGGCCCGCCUCCGGCUUCAGCCGGCCCUGGGGCCGCGUCCCCCAGGCAACUCAGCCACCUCGGCCUGAGCGUCUGCCCGCAGGCGUCGGCGCCGAGGCACUGGGGUACAGCCUGGUUCGGCCCCAUGGUGGGUUUCGGGGCGAACAGGCGGGCCGGCCGCCUGCCCUCCUUCGUGUUGGUGGUCCUGCUUGUGGUGAUCGCGGUCCUCGCCUUCAACUACUGGAGCAUCUCCUCCCGCCACGUCCUGCUUCAGGAGGAGGUGGCCGAGCUGCAGGGCCAGGUCCAGCGCACCGAGGUGGCUCGCGGGCGCCUGGAGAAGCGCAAUUCGGACCUCCUGCUCUUGGUGGAUUCGCACAAGAAACAGAUUGACCAGAAAGAGGCCGAUUACGGCCGGCUCAGCAGCCGGCUGCAGGCCAGGGAGGGCCUGGGGAAAAGAUGCGAGGAUGACAAGGUUAAACUGCAGAACAACAUAUCAUAUCAGAUGGCAGACAUACAUCAUUUAAAGGAGCAACUCGCUGAGCUUCGUCAGGAGUUUCUUCGACAAGAAGACCAACUCCAGGACUAUAGGAAGAACAAUACUUACCUUGUGAAGAGGUUAGAAUAUGAGAGUUUUCAGUGUGGACAACAAAUCAAGGAAUUAAGAGCACAGCAUGAAGAAAAUAUUAAAAAGUUAGCAGACCAAUUUUUGCAGGAACAAAAGCAAGAGGCCCACAAGUUUGAAUCAAAAGAUGGAAAUGAAUUGCAUAUAAACCAUCAUGCAGUACCUAAAAACAUUCCAAAAGUUGCUGAGAGUGCUGCAGGCAAGCAUGAAGAACCCUCAAGCAAUCAUAUUCCACAUGGGAAAGAACAAAUCAAACGAAGUGGUGAUGCAGGAAUGCCUGGAAUAGAAGAGAAUGACCUUGCAAAAGCUGAAGAUCUUCCCAUUGCUUUAAAGAAACCCCCUGUUUCCUUUUCUCAAUAUGAAAGUCAUCAAGUAAUCUCCCAUCUUCCAACUGGACAACCUCUCUCCCCAAAUAUGGUUCCAGAUUCUCAUGUAAACUACAAUGGAAACCCCAGAACUUCAAAACAGAACCCUUCCAAUCCUCUUCAACAUUUAAUUCCAGGCCCUAACUUGGAGAGUGAGCCCAGAAUUCAAGCAGAUAUUCUAAAGCAGGCUACCAAGGAUCGAGCCGGUGAUCUCCAUAAAUUGAAGCAAAGCCGAUUCUUUGAUGAGAAUGAAUCCCCUGUUGAUCCGCAGCAUGGCUCUAAACUGGCGGAUUAUAAUGGGGAUGAUGGUAACGUAGGUGAGUAUGAGGCAGACAAGCAGGCUGAGCUGGCUUACAAUGAGGAAGAAGAUGGUGAUGGUGGAGAGGAAGACGUCCAAGAUGAUGAACAAGAAGAACUUCAAAUGGAUCCUGCAGACUAUGGAAAGCAACGUUUCAAUGAUGCCCUUUAAGCCGUAAAGGAAAACUUUAGAAAACCUAAAGUGCUGUAAAAUGGAAUCAUUUCUACUUUGUCGAUUUUGACUUUUGUUGUAAAGAUCAGUUGUAUCAGUUGUAAAGAUACAUUGAGAUAGAUAUAAGGAAAAUUUUAAAUGAAAGAAUGUACCCAUGUACAUAUGUGAACUUUUCAUAUUGUAUUAUUAAAGCAGAGACUUUGGGGUUUUGUUACAGUUGAGCCAAAAACAAAGUAAGCAAAACUGUAAUCUUUGCAUUUAAAGCAAACUAAUGUAUAUUUUACAUUUUAUUGAGCUUAAUUCUUUCCACAAAUAUACAAACAGGAAAAAUGAUUGUACAGUUUAUAUGUUGCACAUAGCAUAACCACAAAGAGAAAAAUUAUUCAACUGGAAAACUUUUUAUACACUAAUAUAUGCUUGUUAGCCCAACAGGUGUUCUGUUAUAUCCGCCCCUCAUCUCAUGCUAUUCAAGGAAUCAUACCUAGAAUAGUUGCAUGAAAGAGAGGGGAACCUGGAAGCCAAACACUGGGCAGCAAUGUGCAAAAUCACUUCCCUACUCUUUUUAUUUUACAUGAGUUAGGAUGUGUUUCGGCAAAUAAGCUUUCAGCUGAGGCCUGAUGAAAGCUGAGAUAACGUGUAAAGAUAUAACAAUAUUUAUGAGUUAUACCUUACUUAGUUCAUGAAAUUGUGAAAUGCAUGAUUGAUUAUAUAUUUUCAAUUUUUAGUUUUUCAGGUAAUACCAGUACUGUUUAACCUUUACUGGCUAAAAUUUUUAUGUUUUCAGAGUUAAAGUUGGUGAAGAUAUUAAUGAUUUAAAUGCCAGAUUCUGAAAGAGGCUAAAUGAACCUUGAAAUGAAUUUGCCAUCAGUAUUUCAGAGAGUCUCUGGUAGUUUUAGUGAUCUUAUUUGACUAGACUUUUUCAGAAGUAUUAAAUAAGCAAUUUUAACAGAUUUUUAUUAAUGCACAGAUAAGUAGAAGUACAGUGAGAUCUACAGCCAUUUUAUUAAAAUAGCUUAAAAGUUUGUAAUAAAGAUGAAGAACCUUUGUAUUUACUUAAUAUGUUAGUUAAGAACCCAUAAACCUGAUAUUUGCUAGACUUACAAAAUUAUUUUAAAUGCAUCUGUCCUUUUUGACACUCUUCAGUAGAACGUGUAAGCUAGCUAAUCUUUGUUUUCUGAUUGAAAGAACUUUUAAAUCUUAUCCCCCUCCCCCCAAAUAAAAGGUUUUGAUCAUGAGAAAUUUAAGCUUGUUAACUCUGUGUUUCAGAAGGGCUACUGUUAAUUGCAGAUGACCAUGAGAUGCUUUUUUUCCCCCCCUGUACUCAGGUUCUAGUCAAAAUUCAAACUUACAGAGAUUU